GGCGAAGAAGCAGAGAAAGCCCCAGAGUCCAGGUGUCCGCCGCUCUGUGGCUGUAGGGGGCCUCCCCGCAAGGGGGUUAGGAGAACAGAGGCUUCUCCCGAAAGAGCCACGCGUUCCUGCCCAAGAUAUUCCUCCGCAAGAUGUCGUCAGCUGGCGCCAGGGACAAGCCUGAGCUGCAGUUCCCGUUCUUCCAGGAUGAGGCCACGGUGGCUGCCCUGCACGAGUGCAAGACCCUCUUCAUCCUGCGUGGCCUCCCGGGCAGUGGCAAAUCCACUCUGGCGCAAGCCAUCGUCAACAAGUACCGCGACGGCACUAAGCUGGUGUCGGCUGACGCCUACAAGAUCACGCCUGGCCCGCGAGGCCCCUUCUCCGAGGAGUACAAGCGGCUGGACGAAGACCUGGCCGCCUACUGCCGCCGUGACAUCAGGGUGCUGGUGCUUGAUGACACCAACCACGAGCCCGAGCGGCUGGAGCAGCUCUUUGACCUGGCCGACCAGUACCAGUACCAGGUGCUGCUGGUGGAGCCCAAGACGGCAUGGCGGCUGGACUGUGCCCAGCUCAAGGAGAAGAACCAGUGGCAGCUGUCGGCCGACGACCUGAAGAAGCUCAAGCCCGGCCUGGAGAAGGACUACCUGCCGCUCUACUUCGGCUGGUUCCUGACCAAGAAGAGCUCCGAGGCCCUCCGAAAGGCCGGCCAGGUCUUCUUGGAGGAGCUGGGGAGCCACAAAGCCUUCAAGAAGGAGCUGCGACACUUCAUCUCUGGGGAUGAGCCCCGGGAGAAGAUUGACCUGCUGGCCUACUUUGGGAAGAGACCCCCAGGUGUGCUGCACUGCACGACCAAGUUCUGCAACUAUGGGAAGGCGCCUGGAGCCGAGGAAUACGCCCAACAGGAGGUGGUGAAGAAGGGCUACGGCAAGGCCUUCACGCUGACCAUCUCUGCCCUCUUUGUGACACCCAAGACGGUGGGGGCUCGCGUGGAGCUGGGGGAGCAGGAGCUGCAGCUCUGGCCAGGGGACGUGGACAAACUGUCCCCCUCUGACAACCUGCCUCGCGGCAGCCGUGCCCACAUCACCCUGGGCUGCGCAGCCGACGUGGAGGCGGUGCAGACGGGGAUCGACCUGCUGGAGAUCGUGCGGCAGGAGAAAGGGGGCAGCCGCGGCGAGGAGGUGGGCGAGCUGCCCCGAGGCAAGCUCCUCUCGCUGGGCAGUGGGCGCUGGGUGCUGAGCCUGACCAAGAAGAUGGAGGCCAAGGCCAUCUUCACGGGCUACUACGGGAAGGGCAAAGCCGUACCCACACACGGCGGCCGCAAGGGUGGCGCGCUGCAGUCCUGCACGCUGCUCUGAGGGGAAGGGCUCCGUGCUCUGCCCAGUCUGUGUCCAGGUUUCUUUUUUUACUUCAGGUUAACCUACUUGUAACUUUUUAAACACUGUAAAGUAACUGCCUGCUCCUUCCCACCUGGCCUCCCCUCCCUCUAACACUCCAGCUCUCAAGCGGUCAGGAACCUGGGCCGGCAUGCUGCGGCCAUGCGCCAGCCUGGCUCUGGGGAUGGCACCGCCAAAUGCAGCCCGAGCCUGGGUGGGUCCUGAGAGUCAAACCUGUCACCCUGGCCCUGCAGGGGAAGCAAGGAUCCCCUCCUGCCUAGCCUGCAGCUUGCCAUCCCCUCGUACCACAUGUGGUAGCAGCUCCGUGUGGGGCAGAGAACAGCCCAGGAAGGGCACGAAGGGGACGUCUGCCAUCUGGGCCUGCAGGUGGCCUGUGGCUCCCCUCUCCAGGGGGCUGGCGGUACCAGGAGCCAACAGGGAACCCCUGGUUGGCAAGGGCACGGCGCCCCAGCCCUUGAGCCUGAGCCGGGUGUAUGCCUCAGCUCUAAGCAUCCCACCCCUGCUCAGUAACCACCCUUGCUAAUCAGAGUCACUUGGAGCAAGUGCUGGGGUGAGUCACUGUCCCCUCCGAAUCCAUCAUGUCCACCUGCACCUUGCAGACUGAUAAUGAAAUAAAGUGUUAAUCCCA